AUGGCCUUAUCAACAAGAACACGUUAUGCAAUACCAGCCCCUUUGACGGGAUGCGCAGACAACUGGACGCCGGUACAUCUGACAGUUUCUUAUACGAAUCUUAUCACACUAACUCAGAUAUCCGUCGAGUUUCAUCUUUCGCUGAUUGUCGAAAGGGAUAAUGCUCAUGAGGUUAACAUUCGUUUCUGUAUGUGGGACAGCGAAUCGGACGAUUCGUUGGACGCUGGCGUACCAGUAGCAGACGGAUUUGGACAAGGUGAAGCCGCAUCGUAUACAUCGUUACCCGAUGGGCAAUACUGUGUAUAUGGAAUAGGGAACGCUGAGGCAAACAUGGAAGAGAAAAGAUGGGAAUGGUCACAUGGGUCGUGUCCAAAAGGCUUCGAGUCAGGUUUCUCCACAUUUCCAUUCACCUCAACGGCCGUUAUUCCCCAGGACUUCCGAAACAACCCCGUAGCCAUACCAACACCGUUCUCGAUAUACACCACUAACAUCAGCAUGGCCCACUACUGUUGUGCAGAGUCAGGCGAUGUCAACACGGCCAUCGAAUUGCCUUUCGUCAUUCCAUUUUUCCUUUUCCCGCUCAAAUCGACGGAAUGUCAGCGAGUGCGGGGUAUGAAGCAUCGACUCGAGCACGUUGAAUGGCCUUCGAUGAAGUACCACGGCGGAGCGCAUCCUUAUACAAACAACUCGCGCUUCUACUACUGCUAUUAUGAACCGGACACAAUUGCAAUGGAACAAAACAUCGUUAUAGCAACAUAUACAGUCAUGAUUGGGACUCCGACUAUUACUUUCAUCGUUCUUUGUGCGUGUCGAUUUACUCACAGGAAACUGCUAAAAAGAAACAACGCCAAUCCUUGUUGGCGGCAGCGUGCUCGACCGCAACCAGCGAGGCACCAGUCGUCAAGGCGGGAUCGUCGUCAAGUUGAGAUGGUGGAUGAUGACGAAAACGACUUCAAGACAACAGGUUUUGGGCACGAACAAUAAACUUUAUAGAGGAUUAAAAUCAAUAGAAUUUAUGAGAUAGAACAAGUCAAGGAUUGGGCUUCUCAAAUACACUAUCGGUCAACUUUCGGUGUCUGGUAUAAACUUUAAGAAUAAAGAGUCGAGUCACAUUGGUCACAUCGCCAGAACAGAAGGUGGAUGGAAGUGACUCAUCAAGAUCGGCUGAGGGAUCUGAUGUAAAUUGGCUCAAUAUCGUUGAGGCCGGUUUGUUUAAAAUUGGCACAAUGUCGUUGUCGGCUUGGCAGAUUGAAUAAGGUGACGUUUUCACGGAACUCAUGAACGUUUUGCGAGUAUACUCCAUUUGCCGAUAAAUGGUUAUGUCCAACGUUCGUAAUUUGAUGCGACAAAAGUGCCCAAAACGUGCGCAAUAUUGUUAGGAAGCUCGCGGAUUGUUCGAAGGGUCGCUUGGAGUCGAUAUUCAUUCUAAAGAAGUUUCAACGCAAAAUAUAACAAAAUUAGUCGCGCACGAAAAGGGACUCCAAGCGAUUCCCCGGCCUUAGCCAACAUGUCAAAACAAAGGUGGAAAAUAAAUUGUAAACUUUAUUUUGAAUCACAACUGAUCCCUGAAAACAGUGAUUGUUGC